CAGCACCCACACAUUAGAAAUUAACAGUUGUAAUGAUAACACAGCACGCGUAAGGCUUUACCGGGCAAACAAACACAUGUUGAACUUAACAAAAAAUCAAAUAAAAGCUUGCGUAAAACUUUGAGCUUUUAAGUUCUGCAAAACCAACGCAGGUGUGUAAGCUACAAAGGCGUGUUGAAGGCGUUUACGCUUUUGUUGUUUAUUUUAAAGGCUGGAACUAGUUGGCAGCGCUGUCGUUUUGCUGCCGGUUCUGCUGCUGCAGCUGCUGCUGUAGCCGUUGCAGCAGCGACGACAGCGAAGCCUGCGCAAAUGCCUCGUUUAUACUUACUGAACCUGGUAGAGUGUUUUAUGGAAAAGCAACUUUGUCGCAGCAGUCAGCGGCUGAUUGUUGGAAGUGUUGUGUAUAUAAUUUUGGGAGGCCGGUGAGGCUGACAGCGGCUGCGUUAGAACAGCAAGACUUGGAAACCGUUGAAAUGCUGUGCAGCGCAGAGAAUUCAAAUUAGUCGUGUGGCAAACGUUGGUUGUUGAAGUUGCGGAUUUUGAUUUUCGUGAAAGUGAUUGUGUGAAGAAAAUGUGUUUUUUUCUAUUUUCAAAAUAUACAACACAGCUGUUGACUGUUGUACUAUACUAUACUCUUGUACUAUAUACAUAUUUGCAUUUCUGCAUUUUGACGAAUAAAUUAAAAUCAAACGCAAAACAAGCAGUGGAGAAUAGUGCAAAUAUGUUGUGAAAAUAAUUAAAAUAAGAAAUAAACGAUUACAUGUAAGUGUACACACACACACAGAAAUAAACACAUUUAAGUAUUUUCGUAAGGCCAAAAGUGUGGCUAGCAGCCAGACGAAUAGACCGACGAGCUGCUAGUGUCAUUGUCAGUGGGAUUAGAAUUGGAAUUGAUGGCAUUGGCUGAAGUGACGAGCCCACACAUGCAGUCGCAGAAAGCGCGCGCAUCCGCAUAGCAAAGAGAAAUAGAAUGAAUAAAACAACAAAUGUCGGCGUCUACGCAGCCAAUAAUGUGCUUUAUAAGCAAAACAAACUAUUUUAAAUUCACUUUAAUUAGAUAAAUUACACACACACAUAUAUAUAUAUAUAUACAAAUAUAAAGCAAUAAAACGACAAGAGUGAUUAAAAAACAACAAAAAUAAAUGUCUUGCGUUAAAGUAGUUUAAUUGUUAUUAAGUGCGAACGAAAAAAACAUACAUAUGUACGUUAGUGUGCGUGAUUGUGUAUUUAGCACGCGUCUAUUUUCAAAUAAAUAAUAAAAACUAAAAAAAAAAAGAAAAAAAAAAAAAACAAACCAAAAACAACGCAUAUCUAAGAUAAACAACCAACGAAGCUCUCACGCACCCACAGGCUUAACUGUUAACCCACCAGAAAAUUAUUUCAAAAUACCAUUUCCCCCUUCCGUGUAGCAAAAGCUACAUUGCAGCCAAUAUGGGCAUCAAGGAUAAAAUACGUGUGUUGAAAAAUGGCGCCAGUCCAAGUCACAGCCACAACAACGACAACGACAGCGCUAACAUCAAUACCAACGCUAACGCCAGCAGCACGCCAACAAAGGGUGUCGUCGAUCUAUUGAAACCACAUUCCAGUCGUAAUCUAAUGGCACCGGGUCAGGUCACCGAGCAGACACUGCAGGUGUGGCGCGCUUUACCGCCACAAAUACGACAUGAUCCGAGUAUGGUGUCCUUUCAAAUGGAAAAUGAGCGAUUGCAUGGUUCCACAGUGGUUACAGAUGAUGAAUCGACCAAUGCUCACGAUGUGGAGUCCAGUUAUGAAGAUGAGCACAGUUUUGCGGACUCGGAAUAUAUUAAUAUGAAGAAGUUCUCACAAGGUAACAUGGCGACUGAUGAGAAAAGCACUGAUGGGGAGUGCACACUAUCGGACAUCGAAAACUCGACUAACGAAAAAUCUAAAGCGGUUGUGAAUCAAGUAGUGGCUAAACAAAAGUCGAAGGAACGACGUAAACGUGAGCAGUUGAUAAAACGAAGUGGACUCUUGGUGUUUUGGGUAUUCGCUGCGGUAGUGUUGAUGAUAUUCGAGGAGAAACACUUGCUGGAGAAAACACUCGAGGUGCCGUGGAAUAAAACGAAGAACUUUGUGCUGCACAAAAAACCCACUGGUGAUUUUAAACUCAAAAUCUUUGGCACUUUCAAUGAGACCAUGCGUAUGUAUCACCAUGAGGACGAUGGGAAAUUUCUCUUCGUACAGCCACAGAUGUUGUAUUAUGAUAAAGUGAAUAAGCGACAGGACUAUAAGAACAUCUUGCAACCAUGGUUAAUACCGUUAGUUUCGGAAACCCUCUUCGAGGUGGCACCUGUUGUAUGGCGUAAUCAAACCUACGAAAUGCCGGCUAACACCCUGCAUAAGUUACAAAAACCCGACGUGACAAUGCGGCUCCGCAUGUAUUCGAACGCUGAGAAGGAUCUUGCCGUGCAAUUAGUCUACAAUCCUUUAAUUAUUAAUAAAAAGAUUGGGACACUGCUUGCGGCGGGCAUAUUGCUAAUAUUCUAUGCGCUACUCGUGUGGGAGGUUUUUCAACGUACUUUUAUUGCAAUUAUCUGCUCUAUACUUUCUGUCGCGGUGUUGGCUUGCUUUGACGAUCGCCCCAAUAUGGAUGAGAUCAUCGAAUGGAUGGAUAUGGAAAUGUUAACUUUACUCUUUUGUAUGAUGAUUAUAGUCGGUAUUCUGGCGGAGACGGGCGUCUUUGAUUAUAUAGCUGUUUUGGCUUUCGAGACAUCGGGUGGAAAAAUUUGGCCUAUGAUUUAUUUUCUCUGCUUUAUAACGUGUUUCGUAUCGAGCUUUUUGGAUAAUGUAACAACGGUUAUUCUGAUGACGCCGGUGGCUAUCAGACUCUGCGAGGUUAUGAGCUUGGAUCCUGUGCCGGUGCUUUUGGGCAUCAUAGUACAUUCGAAUAUUGGCGGUUCACUGACGCCCAUUGGUGAUCCCAUAUCGAUCAUUAUCUGUUCCAAUCACUUCUUUAUGAAAAACGGCAUCACGUUCACAAAAUUUGUCACUCACACUCUACCCGGCGUGUUGCUCGUGACCAUACAGAGUUGUAUAUACUUACGUUUCGCCUUCCGUGACCCACAGUCGUUGCGACUCAACGAACCGAAAGAGUUUAAGGACCUGCGACGUGAAAUUAAAGUUUGGCAACGUGCCGCAAAUUCACUCUCAUCCUACUCCAAAGACGCGGACCUUGUGCGCGCCACGUUGCAUAAAAAAGUGAAAGUGUUGAAACGUACGCUACGCCGUAAACAACGUGGAUUGGAUUCCAACGAUGCAUAUACACAUACAUUGCAGGAGCUCAAGCUCAAGUAUCCCAUCAAACAUAAGACAUUGUUAUUGCAGGCAUGUGUGGCCUUGGCAUUUGUGCUUGUCUGUUUUUUCGUACAAUCGGUGCCGAAAUGGCGCACAUUGCCAUUGGGUUGGUUGGCAUUGCUGGGAGUUAUUGCAUUGUUGAUUGUCUUGAAUCGUGACGAUAUGGAGCAUCUGUUGCAUCGCAUCGAAUGGACGACUUUGCUAUUCUUCGCCGCCAUGUUUGUGAUGAUGGAAUGUGUGGAGCGUUUGGGUUUGUUCGCAUGGAUUGGUGAGCUAACGAAGAGAAUUAUCUUAUUCGUGGACGAACGACAUCGCUUAGCAAUGGCUAUAUUUAUUAUACUCUGGAUAUCGGCAAUGGCCUCGGCCAUUUUGGAUAGCAUACCAGUGACAGCGAUGAUGGUGCGUGUGGUGGUUUCGCUGGUGAGUAGGGAGACAUUGGGUUUGCCAUUGGAGCCGCUCGUCUGGGCGUUGACUUUCGGUUCGAGUUUGGGUGGAAAUGGCACUUUGUAUGGCGCCUCCUCGAAUGUCGUCUCGGCUGGUAUUGCCGAGCAGCAUGGUUAUAAAAUAAAAUUUACACGCUACUUAAAAGUUGUAUUCCCAAUGAUGGUCGGCCAAAUUAUUAUCAUCACCGCUUAUCUUAUAUGGGCACACAUAGUCUUCGAGUGGCAUAGCGAGUAG